CAGAGAUGGACUGCAGGCAACGCGCAUGCGUGCUGUGCUGCAUGACGGACACCAGCUGGUCUGGAGAACCCUGAGGGCGGUGCUGUUAUGGCUUCAGCAAGUACUUUUUCAGGCUUUUCUCUCGGAGAAGCCACCCAACGAAAGUUGCGGAAGUUUUCUGAGCUGAGAGGCAAACCUGUGACAGCUGAAGAAUUCUGGGACAUUGUUGCAAUAACAGCAGCUGAUGAAAAACAGGAACUUGCUUAUAAGCAGCAGUUGUCAGAAAAACUGAGAAAAAAGGAGUUACCUCUUGGAGUUCAAUAUCAUGUUUUUGUUGACCCUGCUGGAGCCAAAAUUGGAAAUGGAGGAUCAACACUUUCUGCCCUUCGAUGCUUGGAAAGGUUAUAUGGAGAUAGAUGGAGUUCUUUUACCGUACUAUUAAUUCACUCUGGUGGCUAUAGUCAACGUCUUCCAAAUGCUAGUGCCCUGGGGAAAAUUUUCACUGCUUUACCUUUCGGUAACCCCAUUUAUCAGAUGUUGGAACUGAAACUUGCAAUGUACAUUGAUUUUCCUUCACAUAUGAAUCCUGGGAUCCUGGUUACAUGUGCAGACGAUAUUGAACUUUAUACUGUUGGAGAAUCAGAGUUUAUCUGCUUUGACAAACCUGGCAUAACUGCUUUAGCUCAUCCUUCUGAUUUGACAGUAGGUACCACACAUGGAGUGUUUGUCUUAGAACCGCUUCAUUAUUUAGAAUGUAAAGACCUUGAAUAUAGGUGCUGCUAUCGUUUUCUUCACAAGCCCAGUAUUGAAAAGAUGCGUCAGUUUGAUGCUGUGUGUAGACCAGAAAAAUUAUCUCAACAGUACUAUGCUGGGGGUGACACUUCCUCUCUUAAAUUAGACUCUGAAUAUGUCUACACGGAUAGUCUGUUUUACAUGGAUUAUAAGUCAGCAAAAAAGUUACUUUCUUUUUAUGAAAAAAUAGGCACACUAAACUGUGAAAUAGAUGCCUAUGGAGAUUUUCUUCAGGCUUUGGGACCCGGAGCCACUAUGGAAUAUACCAGAAAUACAUCUAAUGUCACUAAAGAAGAGUCAGAGUUGAUAGACAUGAGACAGAAAAUAUUUCAUCUUCUCAAAGGAACACCACUAAAUGUUGUUGUUCUUAAUAACUCCAAAUUUUAUCACAUUGGAACAACCGAAGAGUAUUUAUUUCAUUUUACUUCUGAUAACAAUUUAAGAUUAGAACUUGGAUUACAAGAUAUCACUUUUAGCAUCUUUCCAGCAAAAACAGAAUGCCCUGGUAAAGCAUCAUGUGUCAUUCAAAGUAUACUGGAUUCAGGAUGUUUUGUGGAACCUGGUUCAGUUGUGGAAUAUUCCAGAUUAGGACCUGAUGUUUCUGUAGGGGAAAACUGCAUUAUUAGUGGUGUUUGUAUCCAAACAACAGCUGUACUGCCUGCGUAUUCUUUUGUGUGUUCCUUAAGCUUGAAGAUAAAUGGACACUUAAAAUAUUCGACUAUGGCAUUUGGCGUGCAAGACAACCUGAAAAAGAAUGUUCAAGCAUUGUCAGAUAUAAAGUUUCUUCAGUUCUUUGGAGUCUGUUUCCUGUCAUGCUUAGAUAUAUGGAAUCUGAAAGUUACAGAUAAACUGUUCUCUGGAAAUAAGACAUGUUUGAGUUUAUGGAAUGCUCGCAUCUUCCCAGUUUGUUGUUCUUUGAGUGAAUCAGUUACAACAUCCUUGAAGAUGUUAAAUGCUGUGAAGAACAAGUCAACAUUCAAACUGAACAACUAUAUGCUAUUGUCCAUGGAAGAAAUGCUUAUCUAUAAAGAUGUAGAAGACAUGCUAGCUUAUAGGGAUCUCAUUUUUCAAGAAGUUACUUUGACUGAGAAACAGGCUUUUCAAAAGACAUCUUAAAUUAGAAACAGGAUUGACAUGCCAAUGCCCAUGUCCAGUAGAGAAAUAAUUACAAAAGCCAGACCUCCCACCUUCUGCAAGUCAUAAAAAUCUUUGGUCCAUACUCCCAGAGGAAUAAAGAAUAGGGAAGUUUGUGGUGGUGGUGGAGCAAUUGGUUAAGUGCUCACAUUACAGUGUAUAACGACCCAGGUUCAAGCCCCUGGUCACCACCUGCAGGGGGAUAGCUUCACAGAUGUUGAAGCAAGAAUACAGGUAUCUGUCUCUUUUCCUUUCUAUCUCCCUCUCCCCUUUCAAUUUCUCUUUGUCUCUGUUCAAAAAAAGAAUAGGCAAAUUUCCAAUGUAGGGGAUGGGACAUGAAACAGGUGGUGGGAACUGUAUGGAAUUGGUCCCCUGUUAUCCUAAAUCUUAUUAAUCAUUAUUAAAUCACUAAAAAAAUAAAGACAUCUUAAAUAUUGUAUAUUUUUUUCCUUUUUGAUCCAUAUUGCCAAUGAGAAUAUUUAUAAACAUAUAGACUGAUUUAGGAGGUUGUGUCAUUGAAGUGAGGUAAUGAAUAAUGUAUUAAUGUGAGGUAGCCUAAGAUUAAUAACAUGUAAAGUCAUCUAUGCUGAAUUGGUUUCAAGGCUAUAUGUUCAUUAAAGGAAUUUAAAAUAA